GCUCAGUGCAGCGCGGCGCUGAGCUUAGCGCAAAUCCACAUUUUGCAUUUACUUCGUUUUUAUUCAGUUGCUGGAAAACUCGCGGAACACACAGUCUAGUCUAGUCUAGUGUCUAGCGCGAGCAGCUACAUACAAGCUACAUACAUAGGAGCAAAGCGAAUGGCAUAUUGGCGAUUUCCGACGUGACCUGCGUUAUGCAAAGUGCUCCACGCAAACCAAACAAAAAUGUUGCAAAAAUUAUAGGCAAAUAAAAACAAUGAAAAAGCAUAAUGUGGAAAUAGAAAUUAAAAGAAAUAUUGAAGGCAAAGCGCACAGAAAAUUAGUGUGGAAAUAAAAAAUACAAAAAUAAUAUUUUAGUAAUGUGUAGUAACGAAAGUGCCCAGCUAAAUACACAGUAAAACAAAUCAGCAGCAACAUUUGUAUCAAUACCAAAAUAACAGUUUGUAUAGUAUACACUUAAUAUGAUUUCCUUGCAACAAAAGUCAGAUUGUUUGUGAUUGAGAUUUUCAAUUAACCAUAUUUCUGCGAUCGCCGAUUAGCUUGAAUUACAUAACAUCGCUAAUGCCAAAAAGUGAACGAAAAACUUCAAAUGGAAAAGUAAUUGGAAGACGCGCGUGCAUAAUGAAAAUCGCUAGGCAUCUGCUAAGCCGAAAAUCAUCGCCAAUCAAGUGCCUGGCAGACGCCACUUAACGCGGAAAACACAAACACACACACACAUCCAUACGCGCAUGCAAACAAGUGACCAACUUUUGCUUGCUUUUGCUGUUAAAAAACGCUUUUGCUUUAGUGCGUGCGUGUGUCUGUUCAUAUGUGAGUAAGCGUGCGUGCGGCUCAUUCGCUUAUUAUGCGAUUUGAAUCAAUUUCUCAAAUCACUCCGAUCACUGUGGCAUCAACCGCGACCACCAAUUGCUACGCAUUGCUGUGCCCAACCGCUUGGCGCGCACAUGUUGCACACACGUCAUUUGCAUCUACAACUGCAGCAGCAGCAGCCAACAACAACAAAAGAUAGACGUUUGAAAAGCGCUCGUUGAACGGCAUUUGAUCAGGAAUUGCCUCUGCAACUUUUCCACCAUCACGCCGUUGCGUCCUCCCCCAAUUCGCACACACACUUACACACAUAUAUGUGCAUAAGCGCGCGCUAGCACUCACACGAGGAUGGCUUAUGUAAUCUGGAAAAUAUUUAUGAAGCAAUAUUCGCGUUUUCGUUUCGAUUUGGCAACCGCAACAGCACCCAGCUCAGCCGCUCUGCUCAUCGCCCCCUACAAUCAGCCGGCCAUUAUGGCGAAUCCACAGCCCAGCAACAACAACGUCAACAGCACAAGCAACAAUGAAAAUAACGGUCCAAGUGGCAAUAUAAGUGGCAAUAGUACAAGUAGGCCACCUGAGGGUGAAGAGCAUAGCGUUGUAAUAUUAACAACAACAACAACAAACGUCACAAAUAAUUGCAAACACAAUUGCAACAAUAUAAACGGCAACGCCAAAGAACACUUGGCGGAGGUGCUGGUUAUGCCGGUGAAUGACACAAAAGCGAUUACAGCAACAACAACAACAGCAACUAUUGCAGAAACAGCAACUGUGGCGGAGGCCACUAAAAGUGGCACCAACACAGCUGAUGAGAGCCAUGAAGCCGGCCUAAACAGCUGGAACUGUGGCAAUGUGGAAAAUGCUGCAACAACAGCAACAUAUGAGGCCAACAUAAUGGCCGGGGUACGAAGUACGAGUGCCACUGCGCCAAUUGCGCAAGAAGAAGACGACGCCGAGGAGAUUUGGUAUUCCGGGGAGGAGGAUGGUGGUCGCGAUGCGGAAUUGGCGGAGAAACAGCGGGAAAAUUGCUGCUGUUUGGUCAAUGACAACGAACGGUGUUGCCAAGUCGAUAUCGAUUUGAAUAUUAAUGCAAUUGCAACAACUACAACAACGACGACGAACACAGAGAAGCCGGUGCAGCGCAGCAAAUCGCGCGUGCGCACAUAUUUGAAGCGGUGCAGAGAUCGGCUGACGGGUCAGCAUCAACAGGCGGUCGCAAAUGCAACGAAUUCCACAGCAGCAACAACAACCGCCACCAAAAUGUAUGUGCAAGAUGAAAAGUGCCAAGAAUCGAUUGGCGUUGAGGUGACGAAUGCAGCGCGCAGCCGAAGCACCCAGCAAUUCGCCGCUCUCGAAGAAAAGAAGGAGGAAGAGGCGGAGGCAGAGGGGGCGUAUGAGGAAGUUGAGAAUAAGGCGUGCACCACUACAUUAAUUGCCACAACCGAGCAACAGGGCGACGCAGCAACACACACGCUAUUAACACCGACUGCGUUGGUCGUGAAGGGAGAGCGCACCGCAGGAGAGGAGGCGUCGCUGGUGCCAGACGAAGAAGCGCACUUAACAAGCGAACAAUCGGUGUUGGCUUACGAUGAUAUUGACUUUAGUUUGCCGUCAUCGUCAGUGUUGAUGGACAGCGGCAGUUCGAAUGUCAGUGCUGACCAACAACAACAACAACAACAACAACAGCAAACGACACCGUUGACCUCUGCCAAGCAAAAGUGCGACACCCUCGCUUUGGCGGCCACUGAAGUCGAAGUCGAAGUUGAUGACUCGGCUGAUUUAACUGUCGAACAAGAGACAAGACAGAUGCAACAACAAUGCCGGCAAGAGCAACAAACACAAAGUGAUAGUUCGCAAGCUGGCAAGCUGAAGUGUUUAACCGUUGCUCCUAAUGUUGCUAGAGUAAAAUUGCUCCAACAACAACAGUCGCUCAUGAGUAUCAGCAGCAGCUGUCCACCACUUGUCAAGGAGGAACAAUUGGCUUGCGCUAUACAUAUGGACUCGGGCACCGCUGCGCUGAUUGACAAACACCUCGCCGCCAUUUAUCCUGUCUAUACGGCGUGCACACGCUCCAUUCUAAUUCGCCAAGCACGCGAUUUGCUCGUCUGCUCCUAUCUCGGCUGCCUGCAGUCGUUCGAAAUGGAAUUCCUAUGCAAAUUUGCCGAAAUUGCUGCUGAGCUGCGGCAACGGCAUGCCGUCGGUGUGAAUGUUCUUUGGCGUAAAGGAUGGCCACUUACAACUCCAACAGGCGAAGUUAUUCUACAUUUGGGGGCUCUUGAUGACGCCUUAAUACGUCCAGGCGAUUUAUAUUUGUGCGUUAAAAGUGUUGAUAAAACGGAAACGCCACAAUUGCAUGUGGUUUGGCGGAACGCCUCAAACGGCUUACAAAUACAACAACAACAAGCACAACAGGCACACGCAAGUGCUACGGCCACAUUUGCCAACUGCGACACAGCAGCAGCAGCAACAACAACAAUUCAAAGUCAUUGCAUUGAUUUCAACGCCACAACAACAACAACAGCAGUAGCAACCACCCCACCAACACAUUUAAGCGCAUUAACACUCGAAAUGUUGACGAGUGACGAAUUGCCGCAAUUGUUGCAACACUUGCUGGUGGGCGUUGAGCACAGCAUCGAGCGGGUCUCGUUGAAUGAGCUGCAAAUGCCCGCCUCGACGACAGCAGCAACAGCAACAGUGCCGCUGGCGUCGGACGAGGCCAACAAUAAUGGCAAAUGCAAUGGCAACAACAACAGUAGCAGCAGCGGCGGCGUCGGCGUCGGCGUCACCAACAGCAGCUUAAUGCGCUGCAGCAACAACAAUACAAUAACAAAUUCACCGAAAUGCGCAUUACGGCGCAGCGAAUUGAUCACCAAAAACAAAGUCCUCAACAACAAAUUCAUGUUGCGACGCCUGACCAAUCGGCAGGACAGCAUGAAUUCCACGUCGUCGGGACAGAGUUGCGGAAGUAGCGGAAGCACCUCCAGCGAUGAGCUAUUGCGUUGCAACGGCAGCCAUCACAACAGCUACAACAACAACAACAACACUAAUAAUAAUAAUAAUAAUAUCAGCUCGCCGUGUGGCAAUGCCAACACAUCGGAUCCGUUGAAAAUGUCCGCGGGCGCCACAAAUUCGGCGAGCACCUCACCGGCGUUGCCACUCUUCUGUUUGGGCAAUUCAUUUCCGCACAUCGAUAGUGACGAGGAGAAUGCCGAUGAGAAGCGCAGCGCGCAUGGAGAGGAUCAAUUUGAGUGUGAAAUCGUGCCACCUGCUUCAAUCAGCGAAAUCCCCGAGAAACUCUUAACCACUUCGGGUAUUUAUCUGCCAGGUAAGUUUCAAUCAACACAAUAUCCGCUCCAAUAAAUUCGGGCAUUUUAUUUACCUGCUUUGCAUUUAGCAACAAGCCUUUCCGGUCGCGCUGACUAUUUUGCAUAUUUCUCAUUAACACCCGACUCGCUCAUGCAUAUUGGAUUUUGUAAAUAUUCUAAAUUGGACUUUCGCUAUAAAUUUCCCGCUGCUAUCGUUCCACUAAACUAUUAAACCAAAUUUGUUAUCAAUUUGUUUGCCAUUCACGUGCGCGCCGGCGCACACGCUCACAUGCGCACCGCCACACCAGCGCAAAUUGAUUUGCAUUUCAUUUUCUGCACACACCCAACCGCCAGCUAAGAGUACGCUCGAGUGUUUAUGCUUGCCACAACAUGUUAAUCGUCGCAAUAGUUGCCGCAGUUGAUAGUGAUCAUGUGAUCAUCACCAGAUCACAUCACCGCAUCUGCCAAGGCAGCGCAGCGCUGU